AUGUCCCAGCCACCAUCCGUCGCCGAAGUCGAAGCCCAAGAGGACUCGUGUGUCCUCCCCUCGUUUGACGCCGACGUCGCCUGGGAGCUAGGCACGACCAUCCGCUCGAUCAUACAGAAGGAGCACGGAAAGCCGGCCGUCAUCUACAUCGCGCUCGCGGGCUCGCAGCAGAUGCUGUUCUGGUGUGCCACCGCGCCCGGGACGAAACCGGACAACAUGAACUGGGUGCGCCGAAAGGAGGCCGUCGUGCUGCGCUGGGGUGUCAGUACGUGGAGGAUGAGGGCUCAGCUCGCGGAGAGGGGGGUGACGCUCAAGGAGCGGUUCGAGAUGAACGAUGCAAGCAUGUAUGCUGCGCAUGGAGGUGGAUUCCCAAUCAGAGUCAAGGGAAUUGAGGGGACGGUGGGGGUUAUCGUUGUCAGUGGGAUGACGCAGGAAGACGACCACAGUGUCAUCGUGCAAGGCAUUCAGCAGUAUCUAUCCAAGCUUGGUCAGUAA